GGGUAGCUCAGUUGGCUAGAGCAUCAGACUUUUAAGCAUUUGGGAGAUCUGAGGGUCGUGAGUUCGAGCCUCACUUCGGGCGUUUUUGAUUAGAGCAUGCUGAUUUUCCCACGGAUCCAGCCUGGCACAAAGCGGCGUUCUACCAUUUCAUUGUACCCUGCCGACAUUCACAACUGUUCCAAGUUACCGAACAAGGGCGAAGACCCCUAUCCUCCACUGGAUUCUGGCAUCAUGUCAGAGGUAGAUUGCGUGUGACUGUGCGGGCGUGAGACCCGGACACUUCGCGUGCGAAUGUACGAAUGUGCGCGUGUUACUACCUCAACAACAACAAACUCCUUUUCAACCAGCAUCAAUGCCAUGACCCUCAAGUCGGGUGAUCUGGAUGCCCUCGGGCGUGCAGAGCUGGAUAACAAGCUCGACUAUGUUCUGCAGUUCGUCGGCGCUCAUCAAGGAAUACCAUCUGAGCGUACUGAGCUCACUUUCGACAGCAAUCCGAGGAGCGCCUUACGUGAUCGAUAUGACGUGACUGAUGGGAUCAGACGGAGUUCGAGGAAGGAAAGGAAAAGGAGAGGAAGAAAUAGGAGCAGGAGCAGGGCAGUGAGUGACAGUGGGGGUGGCGAAACGAGGUCAUCACGUUCAAGCUCUCGAUCGACAUCGCAGUCACUCCGAAAGAAGACAUCACAGAGGGACACCACACGAGAGCGAGGCCGGUCAAGGGGUCGCGAGAAGGAGAAUAUGAGGCUUCAAUAUGCCAGACGUCAAUCACGGUCUCGUUCACCCAAGGAUCACCGUUACCGACAUCGAGAUCGUCGCGCACGUUCUCGCAGCAUUGAGUCCCAAGAUCGACAUCAUCACAGGAAGGAAAGGAGCAUUGAGCGAUAUAUGCGGCAGGAAAAGGCGGUUCCCGAAGUGUUCGCGUCUUCAGACAGCUCCGUGCUUGUUGCUCGGCCAAAGCGUCCUCCAAUGCCACCGCCAUCGCCUCCGAAGCCGUGUUUACGACAAGCAGAUCCGCCCUCUUCGUCGUUGUCGUCGGAAAAUUCCAGUUCUAACACUCGUUCAGACAGUCCUGCGCCAGUUGUUAUAAACGAACCAAAAUUUGAGAAACGUUCGCGACACAAGAUGUACGAAGACCGUGAGAUGAAGAAAACGGUGGUAACGGAGAAGGCCAAAGCUGUUCGAGACGAGAAAGUAAAGGAAAGGAAGUCAUCCAAGAGCAAAGGGAAGCCCGAAGUGGGGAAGUCACUGGUGAUGGACAAGUUCAAAUCGAGUCUAGUCAUCAGAAGCGACAGGCUGACGCUCAAACCUUCGCACAGCCUCGGGAUCUUUCGUAAAGGAAAGGCUUCGCCGGCCGUUCCCAAGCAAAGCCAAGGAGUUGGUGAUUUGUCCUUUUCCGAUAUGGAGUUUCUUACCGGCAUGAAACGCGUACAUCCAUCGCAGUAUACCCCGCCGCAUUUGAAGAAGAAGGAGAAGACCGGGCCGCUGACUAUCUCGACGUAUUUUGAUUCGAGCAAGAAAGGACCGGCAAAGUCGAAGAUCAUGGACGAAGAACGCGAACAAGCUAUGCAGGUCAAAGAAGGGGAGAGGAGAAGUGCGAAGGACAUAGAGCGGCAUCAUGAAGAGCAGAAGUCAGCGCCGCAAAAGCAACACGCAGACAAAUGCAGAAAGACUUCAUCCAUGCCUUCUACCGAGGAAACUCACGAAGAGCUUGUUGAAGCAUCUGGGACUGCAACUCGGUUAGCAGCGGAUACUUCUGAUCAACCUUAUACUUGGGAGCCUACGCCAGAGCCUGAGACCACAGAGAAAACAUCCAAGAAAGGCCGACCGACGGCAAUGCCAGCAGAAAGCAGAGACGAGAUUACCCUGGAUGCGUCGACUUUGAAGCACUUUGCGGGUGGGGCUGAUGUUACUAUAACACAGAAGAGAGCCGAGAAGGUCUUGCCAGCCCCGACGCAAGAAGCUAGGCGGCAGCAGUCUUCUACUGCCGUUUCCUCCGAACUGUCCGACAGGCACGAGCUUAUAAAAACGGAGGUCCCCAAGAAAAGGAAUGAGCAGGCCUCCCUUACGCAGCAGACACCGUUAUGCGAACCUGCAAUCUGUGAAUAUGUGGGGACGCCAAAUAUGCAUAUUGAACGGUCCCCACUAUCGGCUCUCAUUGCUGCUUGUGCCAAUGCAGUAGGUGAAAACUUUGCGGUUGGCAAGGUAUCCUUAACCAAGCCCGUUGCACGGCAGCCAAGGGAGUCGGAACACAUAGCUCGUUUAUCUCGUACCAUUGAAUCGUCUGAGAACCCCCUUCAGCGCAACUCAGAGAUACAGAAUAACGGAGUUCGUCAUAAAAGCGACCAAGCGCUUUACCAUGAGAUCGAAGAUGUUUUAACGGCCAGUCAACAAGCCGCCCUCCUUAGAGAGCUUCACGCAGAUGGAGGUGAAGAGCUUGCCGAGCCAAGCCAGCCGUUUGACGAUAAAACUCACGCAACUGCUGAACCAAUGCAGUGUCGUCCUGAAAACGAGUACCUACAUCGUUACCCGGACGUCGCAGGUGAGGUCGAGUCGGUUUUCGUCACUCAAGUACCCGCGUCUCACGCUCUGCAGCACCAGAGCUACCCACGUACCGGCGCAGACCGUCAAUAUCCCACAACUUGCCGUUUUGAAGAACAAUGUUACCAAGGGCAUGCUGAUUACUUCGACGGUGAUACCGGAGAAGAAGGAUUUCUCGGUAUCAGCGCCCACCAUGAGGUUGACCAGUAUCACCAUGAGAACGACUAUAGGCAUCAAGAGGACAAGCAUGACUACGGCAUGCAUGCUCCGACGCAUGCAAUAGGACAUGACUUUUACAGAGACCAACCGCAGCAUGCCGAACGGGCGAUGGCCGACAGCGAUAAAUACCUCGAAGCAGAUACUUCCUUGAGCAUUAAGAGACUAGAGCGGGAGGCUUUCGGCGAAGCGUGUGAACGUUCUCAGCAAGAUUGUUACGAGAACACAGGAUACGCUUACGCCGAAGAGCCGGUAAAUUACGUAGACAGGCGUGGUGCAGUUUGGAACGGGAACCACUUAGACGGAGAGACAUUCUGGAGGCCUCAUAGGCGCUUCUAAUAACCCCGUAUUGUUAUAUUUGCCUGCGAUAUCCUUAGCUAUAACCGCAGAAUUUGGUAUAAAUGGUAUCCAUAUGCUCAGUUCCUUCCUGCUUACAAUCCACGAUCAACAACCUGCCUCUCAACCCUCUCCACCAUCCUCGCCAA